AUGAACUUGCGAAGAGAACCGCCGAGUCUCCCACAAGCUGUUGCCUACAGGCUCCUCCGGCUCUCCUCCGUCGCGCGCCAUCUCCGCCAGAUCCAUGCUCAGCUUUACGUGCAGGGCCUCCACCAGGACCAGUUCCUCAUCACCCAACUCAUCUCUCUCUGCCGCCGCCUCAGCGACGUCGGCCACGCUCUCUCCGCCUUCGCUCGGACCCAUCGCCCCACCGUGCACCCCCUCAACGCCUUGCUCGAAGCGCUCGCUGGCACGGAGGGCGCCCUGAAGCUCCGCGCCGUCGCCAUCUACCGCGCCCAACUCAGAGACUUCCCCUGCCGGGACGCGACUCGGCGGCCCGACUGCUUCACCUUCUCCCCGCUUCUCCGAUCAUGCGGGGGCUCGCCGGACUUGGUCCCGCAAGUCCACGCUCACAUCGCCAAGUUCGGCGCCCACGCCGACGUAUAUGUAGGGACCACCCUGCUCGAUUCCUAUGCCAAGUGCGGAGACGUCGAGAUGGCCCGGCGGCUGUUUGAUCAAAUGCCCGUCCGGAACGUCGUAUCCUGGAACUCAAUGAUCUCGGGCUCGGCCAAAAACGGGGACGUCGCGGGGGCCAGAAAGCUGUUCGAAGAUAUACCCAACAGGAACGACGCGUCGUGGACGUGCAUGAUCACUGGGUACGCGCAGAACGGCUACUUCGACGAGACGUUGGCGAUGUUCGGCGCCAUGACUUCUGCCGGAGUCCAGCUGAACGACAUGGCCGCCGUGAGCAUUCUCUCCGCUUGCGCCAAUCUAGGGGCGCUGGGGCUCGGCCGGAAGAUUCACCAGCACCUGGAUCGCGGUGGGUCCGGUCUGGACUUGUUCACGGGGACCGCCCUCAUCGACAUGUACUCGAAGUGCGGCGUGGUCAACGAGGCCGCCGAGGUAUUCAGAAGGAUGCCCAAGAAGAAUGUCGUCGCUUUCAGUUCAAUGAUCAUGGGGUUGGCGAUGAAUGGGAGAUGCGCCGAGGCUCUGCGGAUCUUCGAUAAAAUGAGGGAAGACGGCAUUCGGCCGAAUGAUAUCACCCUCGUCGGAGUUCUCUGCGCCUGUUGCCAUGGCGGAUUGGUGGACGAGGGCCGCCGGCAUUUCGAGUCCAUGCAGCGAGCAUACUCCGUCGUCCCCAGGCUCCAGCAUUACACUUGUAUGAUUGAUCUGCUCGGCAGAGCAGGACGCGUCGAAGAUGCCUUCCGAUUCAUCGAAGAGAUGCCCCUCGACCCCGAUGUUGUCGUCUGGGGAGCUCUACUCGGUGCCUGCAGGAUACACGGUGAGCUCGAGCUCGGAAAGUACGCCGCCAGCCGGAUCCUAGAGCUGGACCCUCAACAUUCGGGAAGCCUCGUCUUUCUCUCCAGCGCCUGCGCCAGGACCAGGGACUGGAACGGUGUGAGAAGGAUCACCCAAAGGCUGGGGACCUCACGGACGAAGAAAAUCGCGGGAAAAAGCUGGAUAGAGAUCAACGGCACCGUUCACCAGUUCUUCGCCGGAGACCAAUCCCAUCCUCGUAGCGACGAGAUCUACGCGAAGCUGGCCGAAUUAGCCAGGCUGCUGGAGCAACACGGUCAUUCCCUCGACGUGGGUUCUGUCGUCUGUGACGUGGAGGAGGAAGACAAGAAGCAGGCGCUGUAUGUCCACAGCGAGAAGAUAGCCCUCGCCUUCGGGCUCAUCAGCACCCCCGACGGUGCCGCCAUUAGGAUCGUGAAGAACCUCCGAGUUUGUCUCGACUGCCACUCUUCCAUGAAACUCAUCUCGAAGAUCGCCGGAAGAGAGAUCGUCCUCCGGGACGGCAAUCGCUUCCACCAUUUCUCAGAGGGAGCCUGCACUUGCAGAGACUACUGGUAG